AUGCUCCGCCCAAAGGCUGGCCCGAGCAUGUUGGGGAUGCCGGCUGCCGGCCUCUGGCGCUCUCGCUUGCCAGUCACCGCCCGGUCAUGGAUCGUGAGCCAGCUCCGAUGGCGUUCAAUGAUGUCGCGGCGUUUGAAGCAGAAGCUGAAUACCGGCUCCGGCGUGUCCUUCGACUCCUUUGAUCUCCAUCCGAGCACGCUGCGUGGACUUCAGGAAGCUUUCCGGUUUGCGGAAGCAACCCCAGUCCAGGCAGAGGUGCUCCCAGAACUCCUCGCGCCGGAUGCCAAAGGAACUGACUUCGUCAUCAAUGCUCGGACAGGUACUGGCAAGACGCUCGUCUACCUGAUCCCUGCUGUCGAGCAUCUUCUCAAGAAUCCGCCUCCAGGAAUCGGAGUGCUCAUCGCAGCACCUUCACGCGAACUGGUGAUACAAAUAGCCAGGGAUGCUGAGACACUGUGCUCCUACCACAAACUGCAGGUGGUGCCCGUCAUUGGUGGCGUGCCGCGGGCAAAGGAUGAGGCGGCCAUUCGACGACGACGGCCGGCCAUUCUUGUGGGAACAUUAGCGAAGCUCGUCGAGCAUUUCGAGGCCACCUCACGCUUUGAGACCCUUUUCGAAGCUUUGCCCAUACUGGUGCUGGAUGAGUGCGACCGGCUCUUGCACGAAGAGAGCCUGCCGGCAUUUCUUGCGUACUUGCCAAAGCAGCCGCAGCGGCAAGCAAUGCUGGUGUCUGCGACUAUAUCUGAUGAGGUGAAGCAGCUCUACGCACGCUUCUGCCGACCCGGCUUUCGGCAGCUGAACUGCAUCAGAGGCAUACCGACGCACGAGGCGGUGGAGCAAUCGGUGGCAUUUGCACCACCUCUCCUUCUUGGCACAGCUCUUCGGAAUGCCCUGGAUCAGGAGAUCCGCGACAACCCGCUUUCCCACAAGGUCCUCGUGUUCUUCCCUACGUCACGAUUCGCGACAUUUGUGGCGCAUCUCUUUCGGGAACAAUUGGGAAUGAGGAUACUAGAGCUUCACAAUCGCGUGAACCCGAAUGCGCGCCUGAUGUCGCACACAGAAUUCAAUGAGAGCCGAGCUGCUGUGCUCUUCACGACGAUGGCCUCAGAGAGGGGCAUGGACUACCCCGAUGUUACGCUUGUGCUCAAUGUCAUGGCCCCCGGAGACCGCGAUCAGUACAUACACCGGGUGGGGCGCACCGCCCGGCAGGGGAAAGAGGGCAAAGCUCUGACUUUGCUCUUAGACCAAGAGGAGUCGUUCAUGGCACAGGUUGAUGAUCUUCCGAUCGCCAAGUCCGCCUCGUCCGGGGCGUUCCUCAAUGAUGAGGGCCUGUUUACAGCACAGGCCCUCUCCGCAGCGAAGUGGGCCAAAGGAAGUUCCCUUCCAUUUCUUGCCGCUGGCACAUUUGCCUCACUCCUGCAGCAUUUCAGGACGAGGCAGCCGCACGUUCAGCUGGACAAGCAGGAAAUCGUGGACACAUCGUCUGAGCUGCUCCUGGGCUUUGGGCUGUCGGAGCCGCCGGACGUAUCCUUGCAGUUUGCGACCGACCUCGGCUUGGAAAAAUGUGAACACCUUCGGUUCACGGUGACCCGUGACGAACGGCAUCAUUAUCGUGUUGUCGUGCCGGCAGCUGCGAAGGUCAUGUUCGCCACCGGAAGAAAGCCCAGCAGCAAGGACCUCGGCUUGGAGGAGGCGGGUGUCAAGACGGACCCCAAGAGCGGCAAGAUCUUUGUGGAUGAGAACAGCCGCACCAACGUAGACAGCAUCUUCGCCAUUGGCGAUGUGACAGAUCGGAUCCAGUUGACCCCAGUGGCCCUCAUGGAGGGCAUGGCCAUGGCGAAGACAAUGUUUGGCGAGGAACACUCAGGGAUACCGAUGAUGAUGGCGUUGGGAAUGUGCGGUAAGGGCAAGGGCGUUCAGGCUGCAAGCUCGGUCGAAAUUCUCAGCAAUUAA